CUCUUCUUCACACCACAGAGGAAAUAGCGGGAGGAGGAGGAGGCGGGCUGCUGUCUCUCGCAGACAUUUCAGGCAGGACUGGAGAAAGAGAGGAAGCGACAGGCAGGGGCAGAACAUGCCAGGCGCCCUGGCGAAGAGAAGCCGCCUUGCUCUGGGCUGAGGGAAGAACUCCACGACCUGAUAGUUCCUCCUUCGCCUCUCUGCUCCGAGCAGGCAGAGGAACGGGCUGCUCGGGAGUCGGACACACCUCCUCCAGGGGGCUCCGCUCGGCUUCCCAGCCAGCCAGCGUCCGGCUGCGGAGCCCCGGUGAGCGGGCGCGCCAAGAGCGCAAGCGACCCGCGCGCCUCGGGAGUCCGGCUGGGUCCGCGCCAGGCAUGGAGAGCAAGCGCUGCUUCGCCAACCGCUUCGACGACUACAAGGGCAGCCUGCUGGCCGGGCAGGGCAAGGAGGCAGUGGCGCCCUUGGUGACGGCCACCGUGGACCGCAUCCUCAAGGAGGUGCCCCCGUUGGGCGGCGCCGAGGCGGCGGGCGGCCUGGGCGGCUGCCAGGGCGGACUAUACGGCGGCGUGGCCGGCGUGGCCUACAUGCUGUACCACGUCGCGCAGUGCCCGCUCUUCGCGUCGGCCAGGGACUCGUACCUUCGCGCCGCCAAGCAGCUGGUGGACGCCUGCGUGCGCUACGAGGAGGACUGGGGCGACGCCGACGCCGACACCCGCGCCGCCUUCCUCCUGGGCGGCGCCGGCGUCUACGCCGUGGCCGCGCUCGUCUACCAGGCGCUCGGGCUGCCGGACUGGGCCAGGCCGCUGGGCAAGUUCCGCGAGCUGUGCGAGCUGUGCGCCCCGCUCACCUUCCUCGACUGCGGCUCCGACGAGCUCUUCGUGGGCCGCGCCGGCUACCUGUGCGCCGCCCUGGUGCUGAAGCAGAAGCUGGGAUUGGAGGUGUUGACUCCACCACAAAUCAAGUCAAUUUGUCAAGCAAUGUUAGAGUCUGGGAAACAGUACGCUCUGAGGAAGAGAAAACCAGUUCCACUCAUGUACUCUUACUAUGGAACAGAAUACCUUGGAGCUGCUCACGGCCUUUCAUCCAUCCUACAGAUGCUGCUUUCCUACUAUGAAUAUAUUCCACCUGCUGAUCAGGAACUAGUAUGGCAGAGUGUUGACUUUCUUAUGGAUCAAGAGCAGAAUUGCAACUGGCCUCCAGAACUAGGAGAGAUGAUUGAACGGGAGAAUGAGCUUGUGCACUGGUGUCAUGGCGCUCCAGGCAUUGCAUACAUGUUUGCAAAAGCAUACUUGGUUUCUAAGAAGCCCCAAUAUCUAGACAGUUGUAUCCGCUGUGGAGAACUAACUUGGCAGAAGGGACUACUGAAGAAAGGGCCUGGAAUAUGUCAUGGCGUGGCUGGCAGCGCUUACGUGUUCCUGCUCCUAUACAGGCUAACUGGAAAUUCUAAGUACAUCUACAGAGCACAACGGUUUGCUGAAUUCUUGUUUACUGAAGAAUUUAAGGCUGGAUCCCGGGAACUGGAAAGUGUUUACAGUCUGUAUGAAGGUUUCUCAGGGACAGUUUGCUUCCUGAUUGACUUGCUACAGCCUAACCAAGCUGAAUUCCCCCUCUUCAGUGUCUUUGUGUAAAAUGGAACAUGUUCCAAUGCCAGGACAGGACAAAGGCACUGUUUCGGUUCACUAUCAAGGAAAGCAAUUUUAGAAUAUGUCCAUUUCUGCAUUGCCACUAAUGAGAUAGCCUUAACGUUGCAGGGUGCGGGGUGGGGAGAGCAGGUUUAACACACACACACAUAUAUUCUGGGGCUUGGGAAGGGAAGCAUGUGGUUUAUAAAUAAUAGGUAGCAAUUUUAUUCAAAGGUUAGAAAAGGGUCUGACAUUUUUACAAAACUGAAAAGAAAUGAAAAUUCAGAUGAAUUAAGGGAAGUUAAAUGAAGUUCAAAAAAACCGACAGCGUCCUGUCUUCUACAAGGUAGAUUAGUUAAAGGACAAAAUGCAGAUUUGAAAUUCAGAGAAGUGCAAGUGGGCGAGAAAUGUGAACAAUGCAUUAUUUAAAAGCACACGGAAAGUAUAUUUUUAUGGUACAUUUGCACAUUCUUUUGGGGAAGGCAGGCAAUAAGAAAAGUAAAACUGUCAAACAUCUUUGACUUAUUCCAGAAAUUCAUAUUAGGGCAAUGUCUUUAUUAGGCCAACCAAAAUGCCACAAAAGAGCAUGCCGGGUUUUGAGCUCCCCAGAAUUCUUCAUCAGGUUAGGUGGCAACAACCUGGGAGAAACCAGGGUGGGGUGGGGAUUUGGCUGGUGGUCAAGCCACCCAGCAAGAGUCUUAAGAUGGAGUGUAGGAGGUAGCAGACAUUCAGAUAAAGCCCAUUUUAUGUACCUUGCAGGAAUCGAGCUCCAUUGUAGCCUCCUGGCAAGGACUAACCCAUAAUGGCAAAGUGCCCUUAAGAGAUGGGGACUCUGCCAUUGUUGGCUGGGGAUGAAAGGUGCUAGUCCAGCAACACCUGGAGGGCCAGAGGUUCCCCACCUCAAUUCUUGGUCACUGUUUCCCAGUGGGUGAAAUUGUUGCCUUUCCUCACCUCUUUAGCAGCAGGUUUUCUCCCCUCUAUAAUAAGGCAUUCUAACCCUCAGCUAUAGUAAAAUUGCAAAAUCCUGCAAAAUCAAACAGAGAUGGGUGCUUGUUACUGCACGGGUCCUCAUAGGAUAAGAAAAUAAUCUUUGCUGAUGAGCUACAUUUGGUUUCAUAAAAUAUAUUAAACAAUAUCCCCUUGGGUUAAAUCUAAGGCUCCCUGUGGGUGAUGUUCUGCUCUCAGGAUGCUAAGGGAGUGAACUAGAACUGGUGCAAAUAGUCCCCCCCCCCGCCAUUGGCAGUAUACAAAUUAAGUAACAAUAAACAACUAUAUAUUGUACAGUUAUUUCAGGUAUGUGUAACAUCUACCUAAAAUUGCAAAAACAGACUGAAACAAGGCAAGAUCUUGUUGGAAUAGGAAUCCAAGCCUACACAUGUUUGUUUAGAAGUCCCUUGUGUUCAGUAGGACUCGCUGUCAAGAAAGUGUGUUUAGGAUUUCAACCCAGGUUAAAUUCUUAAAUAUACUAGGUUGCUUCUCUGUGUAGUUAAAUAGAAGUUUACGUAAUAUAAUGUGUUUUAAUUCUGCUUCCUGAAAGAAAAUGGGUUAUUAGUCUUUGCCAUAUAUUGUGUGCCUAUUUGUGAUGUAUAUUUCCUGCAUCCUGGUGUGUAAAUCAUCAGAUUUUACCCUAAGGCGCUAUGGCCAUUUUUGACUCAUGAGGAACAAUCUUCAGAUCCUAGUAAAGCCAGCUAUUUUAACUAAAUGUAGAAUUCUUGAGUAAAAGUAUGAAAUACUGUACUAGCAUUUUUUAUUAGAGCUGAGCUAUUGUUUUAGUACCAGAUAUGUACAUGUUAGUAAAUACCUAUUGAUUUUUCUACAGAUUUAAAAUUUGCUAGGAAUACUGUGGUCCUAGCUUUGCUUACAAUGUCCUCCCCCCCACACUUUGUUUUUAAAUGUUACAAAUCUUCUGUGGGGGCUGGGAAAGCAGCUUCUCCCCCUUGAUAUCUCUGCAUUUUGAUGUUGUGCCAUGUAACUUAUAUCAGGGAGAAGUGCCACUGUCCGCCUCUUUACAUAAUCUUAUUUCAGUACUAGUCUGUUUAUGAACUCUUAUUCCUCAGCCAAGGCAAACAGCCACCACUAUACUAUAUUAUAUUCAAAUUAUAGAAUUUACAGGGAAUAUGUCCAGUCCAGCAGCUUAUCUUCUAAGGCAAUCCCACGUGAUCAAGUAAAGGAGGCCCAAGUGCACAUUUUAAAAAUAUAGGUGAAGGAGGGUGUAAAAUCAUUUUAUGGAUUUGUCUUUAUUAAAAAGGCUCUUAGGAGAUUUACAUAUUAUGCUUCCACUUCUUACUUUCUGAAGUCAGUUGUACCUUGGAUCUUGAACGCCUUGGCUCCCAAACAAAUCGGCUCCUGAACGAUCGAAACCUUCAGGAGCUUCUUGCAGCCAAUCAGAAGCCACAUGUUUUGGAAGUCGAAUAGACUUGCGGAACGGAUUGCGUUCGACUUCCAAGGUACGACUGUAUUGCCCCAGGUGUAUUCAGUAGAGUGUGAGCUUCCCACCUCUGUGACAUUAAUAUAGAAUGCAUACCAUAGUCAGGAUCUGUUGGGUAUACAGAAAAUAAAAUUUCAGCAAAGAAAUACAUAAGUCUAACAAAUAUAAUAAGUCCACAAUAUAAUGGGAAGCUAAGCCAACAAAUACAUGAGAAGCUACACAAAGUCCUGUCUCAGUCUGGUGUCACAGCCCUUGACACUGACUUGCUCUUGCAACAAUACAAUUGGCUAAGUAGUUACCAGCACGAAGGUAAUUUCAAGGCAAGAACCUUACCGUGCAAUCCCAUGCACAUUUCCUCAGAAGCAAGUUCCAGUGAGUUCAGUGGGACUUAUUCCCAACCCAAGUAAGUAUGCAUAGGAUCACAGCCUUAGAGCGCUAUCCUUAGAAUGUUUUUUCAGAAGCAAAUCUCUCAAAGUUUAAUGUGUUUAAGAUCGCAGCCUUAGAAAAUAACCAAAAAAAAGUCUUAUACUGCUGAGAGAAAAGCAUACAUACUGCAAAGCCAUAAGCCAGCAAUACUCAGGGCCCAUGAACCAAUACAGCAUUUUAGGGAUGUGGCUAGGCGUAUUCCAACAAAGUAGCACAAAUCUUGUUUCAUCAUACAACUAUUUAUUCCCCAUAUACUGCAUCUAAAGAGUUGAAUUGCUUUGAAUAUCAACUUCAAUUAUAGCAGGAUUUUGUCAUAAUUUGUGUGUACUUAUGAAUAAUGUCUGUUCGUACAGACUUUGCUAGUAGUCCCCUGUGCUAUCAAUUUGUAUAUAUACUUAAGUGCAUAUUUUCAGUGAACAAUAUUGUGAUAAAAAAUUAUUCUUGUGUUUACAAACUGUAGAUAACAAAGCUAUGUUAUUUGAAAAGACCUCUUAUUAUACUUCUGAAUGAAGUUUAUCAAAGUUAUUGUUGCUUUUAGCUCUCUGUGCAUGCUCCUCACAUUUUGGCAUGUUUUGAAAAUUGUAGUUUUUCACAUGUUAACCCUGAUAGUAAUUGGUUAUUGGUUAAGUUUAACUACAGCAAUAGGGUAUAGCAGACCAUGAUAUUUAAUAUUUAUUUUACAUAGCAAAGUGCUGCUUGCUGAUCAAAAAUAUUUAUAAUGUAGUAAGGUUAUACAGUAUAGUGAUAGACCAAAAAUAUUUUCUAUACAAUAUUUGUAUAAUAUAUACAGUGGGGAUAAUACUCUUAAAUCCCUCUGUUACAUAUAGAAAGAAACUAAUCUCAACCAUUACAUUCUGUGUUUAAUCCUUGUUGCCAUUUCCCUGACAAAGGGAAAAGAAUACAGUGAUAGUGGGCUUGAGCCUCUAUUUGGGGCUACAAACAACGCCUUCAACGAAAUCACUUAGGCCUCAUAUACACUACACGUAGUGGUUAAGAGAGGCGGACUCGUAAUCUGGUGAACCGGCUUCGCUUCCCCACUCCUCCACAUGCAGCUGCUGGGUGACCUUGGGCUAGUCACACUUCUCUGAAGUCUCUCAGCCUCACUCACCUCACAGAGUGUUUGUUGUGGGGGAGGAAGGGAAAGGAGAAUGUUAGCUGCUUUGAGACUCCUUAGGGUAGUGAUAAAGCAGGAUAUCAAAUCCAAACUACUACUCUUCUUCUUCAGCAGUAUCAUACCACUUUAAACCAUCACGGUUUCCCCCAAACUACAGUUCCCAGGAUUCUUUAGGGGGAAGCCAUGACAGUGAAAGUGGUAUGAUGCUGUUUUAAAUAUGUAGUGCAGGAGGGGUCUUCAAUCAUAAAAGGUGAUGUGUCAGGGAACACUUACUUGGAAUUAAGCACAUCCCUUACUAGAGAAAACCACACCACAUGUAAUGCAUUGCCUUUGAGGAUGAUUUUGUCAUUUGUUUGUUUUAGAGCACCCAUCAUCCAAAUAGGAUGACAAGGGGUUCAUAAUACAACAAUAAAAGAACAGAAUAACUUAAGGAUAACCACUGGAUUUUUUUAAAAAAACCCUAAAGUAACUAAAAUCAGAUGAUUGCAGCUCCCCACAUGAGUACUGUGGACCACAGAACCAGCACACACAAUGACCCUGACCAUACCUCAGUAUCGACCAAAAGCCUGGGUGAAUAAGUAGUGACUUCUAUUAGUGACAAAAUAAGGGCGAUCGAUGCACCUCUAGAGGGAGGGAAUUCAAUAAAUAGACGUUGCAGCAUUAUCACUCUAAAUGUUGACAUUGACUGAAGUAGAUUCAAGCUCAAAAUGUUAGUAAAGACCAGAGGUCUGCUCGCAAAUGUCCAUUAACAAGUUCAUGUGCUGACAAGGCCGCAAGCUGGUGGCAAUGCUCAUAAGGUAGUCUUAAAGAAAUGUGUAUAUCUGAAAACCAGCAAAGUGCAAGAAGAAAUGUUUUCGUGUUGCUGAUAUGUACCCUUUAUUGGUAACCUCUGUCCGUUUCUUUCAGCACAUGGUAGUCAUUUCAUUAGUAUUGAAAAACCUCUGCUUUGAUACCUGCUCAGUGCCAUAUAUCAUCUCUUUACCAAACUUGAUUUAUUCUUGUAGAAUCGCACCUUAAAUAAAAGUCCAUGCCAUGUUUUAAACACUGUGAUAUUUCAAAGUAUGUCUCUUGUACUUGUUUUGUAUUGUACACUGGAGGGAUAGUUAAAAUAGGGUUGUUGGGUUUUUUUGGCUUUUAAAAGCAGUUAUCAGAAUAUUGGCUUAGCAAUGAGAGAAGAGCUCCAUGUAUCCAUGUGAUUGAAAUUUAACCUAUGUGAUAUUUUGCCUUAAUUCAAAUAAAGUAUAACUGU